AAAACAAGAUGUCCAAGCAGAUAAAGCAGCGUGUACAGACGCUGUUUAAGCUGAAUGGAUUACAGCUGAGCCAGGAAGCAGCUGUUUAUUUGACCGGUCUGCUAGCCCCAGUUAAGGAUGUUGAGAGGAACGGAUGGAUUGAUAAAAUUCUAAGUCAAGUGGAAAAGCAGAAACUGAAAACAGCUGUUAUUGAUAUUAAGAUUAUGGAACAGGCUAUAUCAGAGUGCACAGCAGAAGAAGGAGGAGAUGAGAAUACGGAUACUUUUAAUAUUAUCAGUGGGUUCGAGGUUCCCAGAUAUACGUUCUCUGCUGAGAGGAAGAAAUAUCUCAAGGAUGACAUGAUGGGUAGACAUAAGCCACUUCUUCUGCCCCCAGCAGCCGAGAAAAACAAUAUUUAUCACGACAGGUUUGUUAUGGUUUCUCAGAGAACUGCUCGCCACGAUCUUUUCUCCGGAACAGGUUCUACAGGAUCUGAGAAGAAAUACAAGCUGAAACCUGUUGAGUUCUUGUUAGGAACUACAAACAGGAUGGAUGAUAUUAUUGUUCUUGGUAUGCUUACACAGAUCACCUACGGUAGUUACUACCUAGAGGAUCCGACCGGCGUGGUUAAGCUUGACCUCAGCAAGACCAAGUUCCACACCGGGCUCUUCACCGAGAACUGUUUCGUUCUGGCCGAGGGAUGGUACGAUGACGAGGUUUUUCAUGUCAUCGCUCUAGGGUUUCCUCCUGCUGAGGCAAGUUCCACCACCAGGGGACAUUUUGGUAGCACCAACUUCUUCGGAGGCCCAGCUGAGACUACCGUGAAAAUCAGUGAGAAGCUGUCUCUAGCUGAGCAGAACAAUACUGACGCCAUGUUUGUUUUCUUGUCUGACGUCUGGCUGGACGAACCGGAAGUCCAGGCGAGACUCCGCAAACUAUUCGCAGGAUACUCUGAAAUGCCUCCAACUGCUUUUAUAUUUUUUGGAAACUUUCUAAACAAUUCUUCCAGUGGAACUGUCUAUAAUAAUUCUUUAAAGGAUCAUCUGAAGCUGCUGGGAGAGAUGAUCUCUUACCAUCCGUCCCUAGCUGAACAAUCACAGUUCUUGUUUGUACCUGGACCUUCAGAUCCUAGUUCUCCUAAUAUAUUUCCUAGAUCCCCCCUACCCCAGCACCUAACUGCUGAGCUGAGAAACCUUGUACCUACCUCUAGAUUUCUAACCAACCCGGCCCGGAUACAGUACUGUACACAGCAUAUUGUACUAUUCAGGGAAGACAUAGUGACAAAGAUGUGCCGGAACGCAAUCUAUUUCCCUGAAAGUGGAGAUAUUCCGACACAUUUCGCUCAAACUAUAGCUUGUCAGGGACACCUAGCUCCACUCCCCCUCAACACAGCACCAGUAUACUGGGACUUCGACAGAUCUUUGUACUUGUAUCCACUACCUGACCUAGUGGUGAUCGCGGAUAAGUUUGAACCCUUUACUGCAGAGCAUUUAGAAUGUAAAGUUAUAAACCCAGGAUCUUUUCAGCGUCAAGAUUACUCUUUUAAAACCUAUAUCCCGUCCUCAAGAAAAGUAGAGGACAGCCAGAUACCCGGGGAGGAGGAUGAAGAGAUGGGUUGAGGAUAAAACCAAGAACAAAAUUGAAUAGUACAAAAAGUGAUUUUCAUUUUUUAUUUUGUAAUAUUAACAUUUAGGUAUAAAUAUAACAAGACAUCACAUAAA